GGGGAGUUGUGACUAUUCAAUGGGUUUGCGUUUUACUACUGUCGUACCAUGAAACGGAAACGUGGAAUCGGAGACAUUUUGGUUCUGUGACGGGAAGGUAUCUGCCACUCUUAAAAUAUUUCAAGUUUCCCCUGAAAGGAAAGCCGUUCAUUUGGAGUUGCGUACGUCAACACACCAUGAUGUGUUUUCCGUCGUCGUCGUCGUAGGUGCCACAUCGUCUCCGGAUAAUAAUGGCGACUUUAUUUCCUUUUUGUUCUGGCAGCAAUGUGCAGUGUAAACACAGCUCCCGUAUGUCAUGAACACGAGUGACAAUGGACGGGUGGGUUUCAGUCGUUGCACCAGAUAAUGGUGGAUCAAGCUCCGAGGGCGAAUACAUUGUCGAAUCCUGUCCCGAACAUGAAACCCAGGAAGUGGAGAACGGAACGCAACGGAGGACUGUGGAGAGGAUGGACGACGGGGGAUCGAAUGUCGAAUGUGGGGAGCCCAAAGUGGUGUUGGGACGAGUCGGACAGAGGGACGACAAAGAACUCCGGUACUUGCACUUGUUAUGGGAACCGGGGCGAGCAGAGGCUGGAACCGGUGGUAUGACAAGCAAGAUGGGGAAGGUGACCGGGAGCAGGGCCAGGCGGUUCCACCGAGUCACACGGAAUCCUAUUGGUAAAGAUAUCUACGCUGUAAAGAGACUGAGGGAAGCAGCGAACAGCAAUGACAUUGACACGGUCCGGAAGCUAUUGCAGGAUGACAUCGACCCCUGUGCGGCAGAUGACAAGGGAAGGACAGCCUUGCAUUUUUCUUCCUGCAAUGGCAACGAGAGCAUUGUGCAGUUACUGCUGAGCUACGGUGCAGACCCCAACCAGCGUGACAGUCUGGGAAACACCCCACUCCAUUUGGCGGCCUGUACAAACCACGUGCCUGUCAUCACCACAUUGCUGAGAGGAGGGUCCCGUGUGGAUGCCCUUGACCGAGCAGGUCGGACCCCUCUACAUCUUGCACGCUCCAAACUUAACAUUCUGCAGGAAGGAGACUCACGCAGCUUAGACACUCUCAGAGGAGAAGUGACACAGAUUAUUCAAAUGCUGAGGGAAUAUCUCAAUUUAAUGGGCCAAAGUGAAGCUAAAGAGAGACUGGAGCACAUUUCCACCCAGCUGCAACACACACGAACCAAAGAGCAAGUGGAUGAGGUGACUGAUUUACUGGCCAGCUUUACUUCACUCAGCCUACAGAAACAGAAUUUGGGAGACAGGUAGAGGAUUAGAAAGCAGAUUUUCUGCUGCGUUUUAAAGCAAGCCUCUGCUCCGCUAUCCUGAAUACAACUUCUAAUAAUCUGGACUACAAUUCCAUUUACAAUACUAUUGUAGAGUGUGUCAUUCACAAAUUCUACAAUUAUGGACAUAUCUCUUCUGAUAACAACCUAUUGGGUCCCGCCAUAGAAAUGUUAUCAUGCAGAUUAGUAAAGUAUAACAAUUAUUUUAAAGUGAAUGUAAAAAUCAGGAAGUUGGCACAACUGCUGUUGUAAUGUUUUCUGCCUGAACAGUGAAAGUUGUCUGUGAGGUGCUGGUUACAUUCUUGUGUUUCUCUGUGAAAAUUUCUGAUUCAGGGCUUAUUUUGCCCAAAACAAAUUUGGUUUUAUUCACUUCUCCAUUCGUCUCUCAUUAGUGGACCAAAGCUUUCCAUUUUUCUUUCCUUGGGUGCAUCCUCAAUUUUUCUUUCAUGUGUCUGUUUUCAGACUAAAAUCUUGACAAAUAAAUUUAGGGUGUGCCUCACACGGCUGACCUCCAUUGUGCCAAAAAGGGCAACAGUAAUUACUUAUUCUUUCUGGGCUUCUGACUGUUCAGCAGCAGAAAGUUUCCCCAGUAGUAUACAAUAUGAGUUGUAUUUGAAUAUAUGUUCUUAGUUUCAGGUAGUUAAUUGCAAGGGAAUUUUAUAUUUACUUUAAGCUGAUAAUUCCACUGCACAUUUAAUGCAGCGUGCACAACCGACUGGUUCAGCCCAGAAGAAGGUGUGAUGUGCUGUGUCUAUCUCCCUGCCUUUGUUUUAUCAUUACACACAUGAUUUUAUCUAUGUGAGCAAUUAGGUUUAAAAAUAUUUUUUUUCCUCACAGGAAACCUGGAAUUGCUUACCGUUUGUAUUGCAUGUUAAUGUUUAACUGUUGUGUAAAAAUGGCUAUGUUUGAUUCAAUAAAUGCUUAUGUAUUA